AUGUUGACAUCCGCGUCGCUUCACCCGCCCAGCUGCGCGCGGCUAUCGAGCGCGCAAUCAAGCAUCGCGGGUGAAGCAGCCCAGCCGCUGCUUCUGCGCGUUUGCUUCAGAAGCACAGCACUCGCGCGAUCAACCGCAGCGCGAGCAGGAUCGGUGCGCGCGGCGGUGGAGGCGGUGCCGACGCCGGAGACGCCGUCUUCGGAGGCGAAGAAGUUUCGGCCGGGCGAGAAGAAAGGGUUCAUCGAGGAGAUGCGCAUCCGCGCCAUGAAGCUCCACACCAAAGAUCAGGCGAAGGAGGGCGAGGAGGAGACCAAGGAGCGGCCGCUGGCCAAGUGGGAGCCCACAAAGGAGGGGCUCGUGCAGUUCCUCGUGGACAGCAAGGCCGUCUUCGACGCCAUGGAGUCCGUCGUCCGCGAUAGCGACUUGCCCGUCUACCGCAAGUUCCUCAACACAGGGUUGGAGCGUGGCGACGCAUUGGCGAAGGACCUCGCGUGGUUCGAGGCGCAGGGCUUUAAGAUCCCGCCGCCCGACGAGGCGGGGUCCUCGUACGCCAAGUACCUUGCUGAGCUGGCGCGCUCCGAUACGCCCGCCUUCAUCUGCCAUUUCUACAACGUCUACUUCGCACAUUCCGCUGGCGGUCGCAUGAUUGGUCGCAAGGUGUCGGAGAUGCUGCUGGAGGGGCGAGAGAUGGCGUUCUACCAGUGGGAGGGCGAGCUGCCUGAGCUGCUGGCGGCCGUCAGAGAGAAGCUGAAUGAGGUGGCGGAGGACUGGACAAGGGAGCAGAAGGACCAUUGCUUGGAGGAGACAGAGAAGUCCUUCAAAUAUUCGGGCCAAUUGCUGCGACUCCUCAUCUCUUAG